AAAAAAAAACGGCUGUUUCCCGCCAGGCGUGAUCUCGGGUCACGUUUACCGCCAACGUCUGGCUUUAGUUAUAAUUUAUUUAACUAAAAUAGUUAUUUUUUUCGUUUAAUUAUUUAAAUUAAUAUUUAUUGUGAGCGCACAGUAUAGUGAGUAACUAUCAGGGUGAUGAAAACAAAAGCCGGCUUAAAUAUUGUCUUAUUUAUUUACCCAGAUAUUUUUAUACUGACGCAGGUAAUCACAUAUUAAAAUAUUAAAAUGUUGAGUGUUGCUACAAAUACCCCAACAGUUCACCAUCAUUACAAGUCAAUAAGUCCAACAGCACCAGCAAAUCAAAAUUCACGAUCACCACGUCGUCUAUUGAAAAAAGUAUCAAAGUCAUGGAAGAAUUGCCACAAGUAUAACGUGUUUUCAAGAAGUAAAGUCAAAUCUGUUGGUAAUAUAAUUAAAAAAAAUAGCGCACAGUUCAUUGAAAGUUGCGGUAAAAGUUCAGCAAGUGAAAACACGAGUGCAUCGUUGGGAAUUAAAAGAGAGCCGGUAGCUGAAGUUGGUAAGAAUUCAUUGCCGGAUGAUGAAGAGUUUAUGAUAAUCGAUGAUGAACUUACGGAUAAAUUUGUAGCGUCAAAUAGUAACAAAUAUUGCAAAGUAUUUAUUGAAACAUCUGCUGAAGUUGAGUCGAAAGUAGCUAAGGUUGAUAAUAUCGAUUGUAAAAAACGAAGACGUCCUGGUUUAGGCGGAAGAUUAGCCAGUGCUGCUAAAUCAUUGAAAGAUAACAAUAGUUCAGCUAUGGCUAUAAAAGAAUCUCCUGAAGAAAGUUCAACUGUCAGUCAUCAAAAAGCUGCUGCAGCAGUCGUUGGUGUUAUCGAUCCUUAUCAGAAUCAGAGCCAGAACAAUUCGAAUCAGUGUCAAAAUAAUAAUCAGAAUCAAAAUGAGAAUUUUAAUCAACAUGAUGAGCUUGAAAGUCAUCAGUACCAAGAGGAAUUGAAUAAUAAAGAUGAACUUGCGUAUGACAACUUGGUGCAAGGCUGGACAGAUACAUUUAGGACAGAUACAUUUAGCGAGUACCAAGCACCCGAGGCAGCUUAUUAUAUGACAGGGUUUCCGAAUCCCCCUGGUGAAAAUCGUUGCUGGCUCAACGCGACUCUGCACGCACUGUUCGUGCUACCGUUUAUUGAAAACAUCGACCGGAAUUUGGUUGUCCGGUUGUCGAAGUUGACCAAGACAUUGGUAGCCGUCCAGUGGUUCUGGCGCGAAGGAUCCAAGAACACGGAGAAGAUUCAUCAGACGGUUAAAAAAUUCAAAGAAGAACUGGCAAUACUUGAUGAGUCAUAUCCAUCUAAAAACCAACAAGACGUAUCAGAAUUUUUGAUGAUUUUACUUAAUUAUGUUAAGACCGAAUACGAACAGCUGUCUGCUCAAUCAAACGAAGAGAUGGAAAACGUACCAGAGAAUCACCAAAAGAUAUCGUCUAAAGACAUUUCGCGUCCGGCAUCAUCACCAUCAUCACCAUCAUCACCAUCAAAGCGACCGCCUCUGGCUACUUUGUCUCCACUGAAACCGAUCAACGGCAAUGCUGUCGCUAAUGCAAUAGUCGGAGCACGUGACGAUUCAAUCAAAGAUAAAGAUGACAAGACUCCUGAUAAUGAUGAUGAGACAUCAAACAAUCCUAUCGAUGAAUGCUUUCUGUUGCCCAUGAUAGAGCAUUCCAUUUGUCAAAAUUGUAAAAAACAUCGGAAGCGCAACAUCGACAACCUGAUGCUCUACAUUGACUUGCCAAGCAAUCAAAAUAAUGAAGAAGUGACUGUCAUUUCAGCAGACUCAUCAGCAUCACCAGCAAUUGAUUUGUCAUCAGCGAUUUUAAAAAGCAUGGAACCAGAAGAACGUUCUGUCACUUGCCCAAAGUGCCAGUCUGAAAAACAUUACGUCUCAACGUCAUUUCGUAGAUGUCCAAAUGUUCUGAUUGUUCAAUUGAAUCGCUACGGAAUGUCCAGUGGAGGUUAUGCUGAAAAAAUAAAUUCCGCUGUUGAUAUACCAGCGGAUUUAACUAUUGAAAUAAAUGAUUGUAAUGCAACUGAUGAUAAUUCAUCAGCAACUACAACUGUACAUAAAUUUAAACCGAUUUGUAUUAUUGCGCAUGUUGGAAGUGCUAUGGACUGCGGACACUAUACCAGUUAUGCUAAACAUGACCAUCAGUGGUUUCAUUACAAUGACAUGGAUGUUACGCCGAUGACUGAAACAGAAGCUCUCACUGCCGCCCAGACCACAGCUUACCUGGUUUUUUUUGUCAAUGUUGAACCAUCAUUGACGGCUUCAUCUGAUUUAAAUAACGACAACUUGCCUGGUAAAUUAGAUGAAAAUCCGUCGCUGUAGACACUUGGGUCACUACACUUUUUUUUGUACCUUUUAUAAUUCUAGAUUCAAAAUAAUAAUAAUAAUAAUUGAUAGGUUUUUAUUAAAGUUGAAGUUAAUCGUUGGAGCACAAAGUUUUUAAAAAGCUUGAUAAAAAAAAAGAAAAAAUAUUUUAUUAGUAUAAGAAACAUUUGAAAAUAUAACAAUAUAAUAAUAUUUUUAUAUACAUAAAUAGUAAUCAUAUAUCAGUGUGCAAAUUAUAUUAUUAUUAUUUUAAAUAAAUAAUAUUUCAUGUUUAUGGAGAAAA